AAUGCUGCCAAUAUUCAGUCCGAGAUUCAGCUUCCCACAGUGAAUACCGCGGGUCAUUUUCGUCCGGUGUCUUCGAGUGUCAAAAACGGUUGUGAUUUUUAAGAUUCGAGUGCUUUCUUCGAUCAGUUUCGAAUCAGAGAAUGAAGAUUCUAGUGGUUUAUUUGGCUUGUGUGGCCAUGGUUUCUGCUCGGCCGGAAGCCCCACUGCAAGGAUACAAUUAUAACCCCCCGCGGCCAGUCGGUCACCCGCAGGUUCACUCGCAGAGUUUUGGGGUAUCCAGUAGCUACCAGGCAGCUCCAGCUCCAGCUUAUCACGCUCCAGCUUAUCACCCACCGGCAGCCACGGGUUUUGGAUCGGCCGUGUCCUCUAGUUUCGGAUCGGCUAGUACCACUGGUUUCGGAUCGGCCAUCUCCUCCAGCUCUGGAUCGGCUUUCGCCAGCGGUGGUCAAAGCCAAUUCUUUGCUCCUCAGCAGACCGUAGUCCAGAAGCACAUCUACGUGCACGUGCCCCCACAGGAACAGGAAGAAGUGCACAGUCCACAAUUCGUUUCUCAAGGUGUAGCCCGUAAACAUUACAAGAUUAUCUUUAUCAAAACACCGAACGUACAACCGUCGGCUGCCCAAAUCGCGCUACAGCAGGCCCAACAAGAGGAGAAGACCAUCGUUUACGUGCUGGUGAAGAAACCCGACGAACAGCAAGAACUGAGCAUCCCAGAGUUGGCUCCAGUUCCGCCAAGCAAACCCGAGGUCUACUUCAUCAAGUACAAGGCCAACCGUGGCGGGGCACAGCUUGGAUCGUCCUCGAGCGGAUCUGGUUUCGCUUCUGCGCUGGGAUCUACGGCUGUGUCCUCGGGAGGCUCAUCUUCCGUCAGCGGUGGUGGCAGCCUGCCGCACACGCAAUACGGCGCCCCUGGCGGCGGUCACCAGGGAUACCCCUAAACAACAGCAACCACAGCCGACAGACUGCAAAACAAACUCUAUCAGCAUUCGCACAAACACACACGCACACACAUACACAGACAUUAUCAGACACAUCAGAGAGAACGCCGCGAUACCUCCAUAGUUGCUGUAGAAUUAGUCUAGUGUUUUAGUAGGAAGUUACGGGAGGAGGUCACACACACACGGAAGCAAACACAUGAAAACAAAGGGACAGUAGAGGCAACCGAAGCAGCGAAGGCGGCCAUCGGGUGACCAUUUUGCUUUCCCUAACGGUGACGAAAGCAAAAUGGUACGCUUUGGCAAACGAGGAGAAGCGCUGCCCCGGGCUGCACCACAUUCGCGCCCAUUCCACAAAAGCGGAACGGAAAUGGCUGACAAUUUUUUCUCGCUAUUUUAAAUUAUUGAUUGAAUAAGAAGCGAAUUUCUAAUUGUAGUGAUUCGAUAGGCUUAUAGGCGAAAAAACUAGUGAAAGAGAAAAACGAGGAGGAAAAACUAAACAAAUUGUUGUCUAAAUUUAAGAUGAAUAUAAUAAAAGAGAGAUUUUAUUAGAAUAAAAA